AUGGAUGAAAGUGGCAUUCACCAUCCUUCUCCGAAUUCUAACGGCAACGGGAUGUAUGGUGCCCUGAGUUUAACGGGCUUGGAUGAAUUCUCCUCGCAAGAAAAAGCCCAAAGGAUAGCUGCGGUAGCCAACGACAUCACCGCAUCAAUAAUCUAUGUCGCCAAACACGCGGAGGCAGGUAACCUCACUUCCGAACAGCUCAAGCCCAUACACAAUCUGAUUGAUAUGGUGAAUGUGGUGGGGAGAGAGCACAACAGGAGGCUUGAGCGGGAACUCGCGGAGCAGGAUCGACAGGUUGAAGAGAUGAGGAAGAAGCUGGAGGAGCAGAACCGGCAGAUUGGGGAAAGGAGGCAUGUGUGUAGGGCCAUAAGGAAGAUGGAUGUGGUGAUUGGGGAGUUGAAAGCGAGUGUCGAAAUGCUGGAGACGGAGAUUAAGAAGAUGCAAGAUGACCGAGGCACUUUGGCGAUGUUGCGGGAAAGGAUCGAUCUUGAGGUGCAGUGA